CCUCCAACAUGAAGAUGUUUACUGGGUUGUCGCUUGCAUUUGUGGCGGUCUUAUCCUUAGUUUCAGAGGGGAACUGUGACGGAACUGAGAAUGCAACGAAUUCUCACUACUUUCAUGCAUACACGGACGCAGGUGACGAUUACAAAUUCACCACAAACGUCCCAGAUUUGAGUGUUUACAAUAUGGACAACAGAAUCACUAGAGCCUGUCAAACGGGAUUGUGGUUACUGUAUUCAAACACCGACUACGAUUACUACGAGCCUGGUUUCGGAACUUGCGAGCCUGCCACCGGUAUCGAUAUCUGUGCUGAUAUGGGCGGUUGCAUGCGGGCAUCUUCUCUCCGGUAUGCUGGGAGUCCCUACGGGCUUAACGAACCUUAUUACAAUCUUUAUUCAAGCGGAGCUUUCGUAGGCCUAGAAUUUGCCGGAAACCACACUACGCCGACGGUCGAUAACCCGAACAUGAAAGCGUAUUCAGUUAUCAUCUCUGGCACCGAUAGCUGGACUCUAUUUGAGUAAGUCUUCCCUCCAGCAACAGGAGCCAAUUACAGCACAGGACGUUUCAGCCUUCGAUGGCUGAACUUUUUUACGUAAGUCUUCCCCCAGCAACUGAAUCCCAGCACAGCAGGAC